AUGUUCGACUUCGACGCCCUCCUCGCCGACUAUACUGCCAAAGAAAAUCCGAAGGUACACGGUGUAAUAUGCAAAUGCGUAGAUAAGAAUGGAAACGAAAUUUACAACAAAAUAGCGGGCUACAACUCCCUCGCCGCAGACGCCACGCCCCUCCAUGAAUCUGCCGUCCUCAAACUCGCCAGCGCCACAAAGCUCAUCACCAGCAUCGCACUCCUCCAAUGCGUCGAAAAAGGCCUCAUCACCCUCGAUUCCCCUCUCACCGAGAUCCUUCCCGAGUUCGCCGACGUCCAAAUCCUCACCGACGUCUCGGGAUCGGACUUCACCUUCGAACCAAACAAAACCGCCAUCACGGCGCGACAUCUUCUGGCGCAUACUUCCGGAUUAGGAUAUCCGUUUACCAAUCAACUACUGGGGCGUAGAGCGCAGGCUAGAAAGCAUCUUAAACCUUCGCUCCGCGUGACGGAGAAAUAUAGCUAUCCGUUAGUGUUCGAACCGGGGAGGGGUUGGUUAUAUGGCUGUAGCCUCGACUGGGCGGGGGUGGUUGUCAGCCGUCUACACGAUGGGAUGUCCUUAGAAGAAUACAUGAUAGAGAACAUCUGGAAGAACGUAGGCGUUUCAGCCCCCUUCCCGCGAUUCAAUAUCUCAACCCAUCCCGAAUAUAACGCACGGAUCAUGCACGGCGCCGUCCAAACCAGCGACGGACGACUGGAGCCCUGCGAUAGCUGGGCCUUUGAUAACCCCGAAGAUCAAGAAGGGGGUAGCGGCCUCUCCUCCACGGCGAAAGACUUUCUCGCCGUGCUGGCAGAUUUGAUCUCGGAGGCUCCGACGCUGUUGAAACCGGAAACGAUCUCGGAGAUGUUUACGCCGCAGCUUGUGCCUGGUUCGGCCAGUGCGCAGAUGCUCCUAGAGUUACGGCCUGCCUGGGCGACUGUAGCUGGGCCUGUGGCGGAUGAUGCUGUGAAUCAUGGGUUAGGUGGCAUCUUGUGUACUGGACCGGUGCCUGAGAUAGGGCAGCCCGCGAAUGUGCUGGCGUGGGGCGGGGCGACUAAUAUUGCCUGGUGGCUUAGUCGGGACUGGGUGUUGCGGGUUUUUUGCGACGCAGCAGGCUCCGUUUGGGAAUCCGGCGGUGACGGGGCUGGUUAA